GAGAAACCUUGAGCAUUUUGCCUCCUCUCUUCAGAAUUCUAUUUCUGCCAUUGACCCUGAGAAUGGUGGAGGUGAACUCACCAUCAAGUUACCAAAAGAAUGUUUGAAAUUUGUGUCUGAGCGAAAAACAUUUCGAUUGAGUGUUGAGUUUUCUUUGGAACAUCCGAAAGGCGGAGUUCAAUUUGUUCUUCCUCGAUGUGAAGGAAAGAUUGACAUGAACUCUGCACAUGUCUUCUCUUUCAAUCAUGGAAACACCUCAAGGCUAUGGUUUCCUUGCAUCGACUCUUUUUCGGAGGUAUGUACUUGGAAGAUCGAUAUCACAGUGGAUCGAGACUUAGUGGCAGUGUCGUCUGGUGAAUUGAUUGAGCAGGUUUACACAGCUAAUGAACGAUUUAAAAUGUACUCUUACGUAUUGGACGUACCUACAGCGGCUUCAAAUAUCGCCUUUGCAGUAGGACCUUUUGAAGUACACGUUGAUCCAGUAAUGCCCGAGGUCGCUCAUUUCUGUUUGCCUGGUUUGUUACCGCUGUUGAAGCAGACAACUGGCUCACUGCACGAGGUGCUUGAAUUUUACGAAGAGUCGAUGAGUUGCCAAUUUCCUUAUCCUUCUUACAAGCAAGUGUUCGUGGAUCAUUCCUUUGAAGAAACUUCUUCAUAUGCUACCUUGGCCAUAUGCAGUACAAAUCUUCUUCAUUCAAGUCGUGUCAUUGACCAAGCCUUUUACACAAGAAAAAUACUAGCUCGUGCUUUAGCGCGACAGUUUUUUGGUUGUUAUCUAUCUCUCAACACAUGGUCGGAUUCAUGGCUUCAAGGUGGAAUAACAUAUUAUCUUUAUGGCCUUUACAUGAAGAAAGCGUUUGGAAAUAAUGAAUAUAGAAGCUGGAUUCGUGAGGAGAUGGAAAAAGUAUGCAAGUAUGAGAUUGAAGGUCCUGGCUUGUUGCCUCUCAAUAAUAAGUCUUUCGUAUCUAAUAAUGAUGUCAGCUCAGACACUGAUUCUGACACCAUGGCAACAAGUGGUCAACCGAGCUAUCUACAUAUGCAUCCGCACCUGACGUCAUGUAAGCAGAUUGAAGCGAUGUAUAGUAAAGCUCAUCUGGUGAUGAGAUUAAUUGAAAUGAGGAUUGGAUUGGAACCGCUGCUUCAGGUGUUUAACAAACUGCUGUCUCUUGCAAAAUCUGCUGUGAAAUCUAAAGAUAUCAAUCUAUGGAAAAAUAUGUUAUUAUCAACUAACGGAUUUCUUCGUUCUAUAUCUAUUGUUUCUGGAAAAGAUCUGAACGUUUUCGUCGAUCAAUGGAUAUAUAGAUCUGGUGUCGUCUCAUUUUCUGGUCAUUUUGUAUUCAACCGUAAAAGAAACAUUGUCGAAUUAGAUUUAAUGCAACAUAUGAAAAAGGGUUGUUUCAAAUACAUGGGUCCACUGACUGUAUGUAUUCAGGAACUGGAUGGAUCAUUUAAACACACCGUUCAAAUCGAGGAUAUUACGAGUCAUCACGAACUGCAAUGUCACUCAAAGAGUCGAAGAAACAAGCGAAAGAAGAUUCCACUAAUGACUGGUGAAGAAGUAGAUAUUGAUCUCGAUAAAAUGGACUCGGAUUCUCCUGUCCUUUGGAUCCGUAUUGAUCCAGAAGUGAAUCUAAUACGAAAAGUAUCAUUUAAACAAUCUGACUUCAUGUGGCAUUUUCAGCUGAGGCAUGAGCGUGACGUCAUUGCCCAGGCUGAGGCUCUGGAAAACUUGAUAAAUUUCCCUACACGUCAAACUAUGCAAGCAUUUUUAGACGUGGCAAAACAGAAAGAAUGUUUUUAUCGAAUCCGUGUGGAUGCCAUUGAAAAAUUGGCUAAGCUAAAAGGUGACGCUGGAGAAACGUGGAAUGUUCAUCAAUCGCUCGUCACUAUAUUUCAGAUGUUUUUUGGAUCCGCUACCUGCCCGGAAAUCGUUCGAUACAACGAUUUUUCCAAUUUCAUUGACUAUUUUGUGCAAAAGGCUAUAGUCUCAUCGAUUGGUUUUUGCCGAGAUCAACACUCACAGUGCCCCAAAGCUGUUCGAGCAUUUCUCCUUAAUUUAUUGAAAUAUAACGAUAACAGAUUGAAUCGGUAUUCUGAUAGUUAUUACGUCAGCUCUAUCGUGAAUGGUUUGAUCAAUAGCAUUACUCCAACUGUGCCGAUUGUUAACACAAGCGGGGAAGGAACUCCUACAUUGAAACUGUCAGAGGAGUGCAGGCUUGUGCUUUCGGAAAUAACGAAGUACCUCAAUUUAGAAAAACUUCUUCCAUCCUACAAAUAUGUCGUCACUAGCAGUUGUCUGAAAGGUCUGCGAUUUCUACAGAUCAACGCUCAUAUUCCUUCAGAUCCUGAUGUUUUUCAAUAUUAUUCAAAAUACGGUCAUUUUGAGGAUGUUCGUCUAACGGCGAUUGAAUGUUUAGCUGAUAUAAUCCAAGCUGACAGUAAUGAAGAUGUUUUAGGAUACUUAUUGAACCUGGCAGAAAUUGAUCCUUCUUCUUUCAUAAGACACUUUAUUAUACAAAAGUUGACGGAGAAUCCUCCAUUUACCAAAAAGUCAAAUUCAAGACUGGAUACCUUGUAUUUGGUCAACAAACUUUGGACUGCUGCCAGCAAAAGUUCUUUCGACACUCGUUUAAGAUGUGAUUACAUGGAUUUGUACAAUACUCUUUGGGGGAGAGUUUCUCCUGGUUGUGUUCCAGCGCAAGGAAUGGGUGUUCUUAUUGAUUUGAAAGAAAAACGUAUUACAAACUUUUCCUCAUUAAAUACUCCAAGUGGCAGCAAGAUUUUUGAGGAAGGAGAUGUGAAGUCCGAAGAUAGAAGUAAAUUGAACUCAGAGACAAUCGUCAAGGACAUUCAACCAUUGAGAACAGAAAGCGAUAUUAGUAGCGCAGUUUCCGUCGAACCACCUUCAUCUGGAAAUUCAAAGCUGAAAUUAAAGAUUAAGCUUGGCGAAGAGGAUGAAAAUUCUGGCAUUAAUCAAGGCAUAACUGACAGAGACGGUGCCUGGAAGACCCACGCGGAAGGAGGAGAUCAUGAAAGAAAGAAACACAAGAAAAAAAAGAAGAAAAAGCAUAAAGAGGAUCAUAUAAACAAUUAACUUCAUUUUUUUAUACUCAUGCAUCUUGUCGACGAGAAAGAAUUGAAGUUACAAAAACCACUACAAUCUUGACAUAAGAAAAUAUUUUAAGUUCCUGUAAUAAGAUCUUUUGCAUACUUAGAGGUCACUUUGAAAAACACAACACUUUGUAAAAAUCCAUAAUUUAGCUAAGAAAACAGGAUCGAUCUUUUACGUCAUAAAAACUUAAAAUUCAUUGGACUCUGUUUUUAUCAGCUUUAGAACAUUCUGCCUCGUCAUCUAGCGAUACUAUGUUUUGAGCUCUACCAGAAAUGUCGUUGCUGUACCUCCAAUACUUUAGGAGAUACGAUCUGCACAGGAUUUUUCAUAUACAUGUCCUAUUAAGUUCUUUAUGAAAUAUAUUGUUUUCUAUAAAUUAUAUUAUGCAUAUAUGAAUUUGAGCUCCCCCUCCUUAAUUAUCUAAUGUACAACCUCUUAGAAACUAUCUCAAUGUUCACAAACUGUUUUUAAAUGCAUGUUAUCAAAUACAAGGGAAUUUCGUGAAA